CGCUCCUUCACUGAUAAACAGUUAACUAUAAAAUUUUAAUUCGUUCAUCAACCGUUAAUCCGAUAAUCCAAUACGAAUAAGCUAAUGUGCGGUUGGAUUAUAGUUAGUUUCGGUUUUGAAUAAGCCCUAGCUGGCAUUAACCCAUUCGACUGUGUAUAUUAAUUUAUUUUCUGUAAAAGAAAAAAAAAAGAAUGUUGACUAUUUAAAAAAGAAAAGAUUUCAAAACUUGUUGGGUCAUAAAAAUAAGUCUAAGAAGUUUGGUGGGGUGUAUUGUUGUAUCUUAAAAUAUCAGGAGAAACAUAUUUACAAGCCAACGGAGGCAAGCUAGGCUUCCAACUUAACGAAGUUCGCAAGAGCAGCAGCGGCGUCUACUUGCUAAUUCUUGGAAUAAUUAGGCACAAGAGAAAGAUACAAUGAUGGCUAUACAGAAGAAAAUUAUCAAACUAGAGAGGGAAGAGGUGUCCGAUACGGAUGUGGAUCUAGAUGUCGGAUCCUUCAUGAUCUAAAUUUUAAGAUUCGGGGAUACGGAUCUAGUUAUGGAAGAGUGACAUAGAAAUUUUAAUAUACAAGGUGCAAUUUCAUCUAUUUGCCGGCCCAAAGCUUUCCUUCUUUUGUCUUAUGAGAAAGCAUCAAGAACGUUGUAUCGUGGGACACAUAAAGGACUAUUCAGUCCAUGUAGAAUAAUUGGAGGGGAAACAAAAACCAACUAAGAUAUGAACUCUUAGAGGAUUCUAAAGAAGAAGCAAUGUGGAUGCAUUAUCACCAGCUAGUUCUGAGGCUAUGUCUUUGAUUAGCAAAUGCUUAACAACUUCUACUGAACCAUCUUCACUGUCCAUACCGAUUCUGAAUUUGUUGAGAGCGUGCAAAACCAUCAAAAACCUUCUACAAGUCCACACCCACAUAAUCCAAAAAGGCUACGAGCAAGACCAUUUUAUCAUCAACCAGUUUAUAUCGCUCUGUAACACUUUUUCCUUCGAUGUCUCUUAUGCGACGAGUGUAUUUGAGCGUGUCAUUCAGCCUAACGUUUAUGUCUGGAAUACAUUGAUUAAAGGGUAUAGCAAACAGUCAUCCCUUGCUGGUUGCUUCGUUAUCUUGAAACAAAUGAAAAGAAGUAUGAAUGUGAUACCUGAUAAAUAUACUUUUCCUUCACUGGUCAAAUCUUGUUCUAAUGCCUUGGCUUUGAGGGAAGGACAGACCGUUCAUGGAUUAAUAAUUAGAUAUGGAACUGAUAGUGAUGUGUAUGUAGGAUCCAGCUUGAUUGAUCUUUAUGGGAAAUGCAAUCAGAUUGAGCAUGCACGUAGAAUCUUUAAUGAAAUGCCUCUAAGGAAUGAGGUUACAUGGACUGCUAUGAUUGUUGGCUAUAUAUAUUUUGGUGAUUUAUUGCAAGCGAGGAAAUUAUUUGAUGAAAUGCCCAAGAGGAAUAUAGUCUCGUGGAAUGCAAUGAUUAGUGCAUUUGUGAGGUUUGGUGAUUUGGUCAGUGCCAGGAAACUGUUUGAUAGUAUGCCUGACAAGGAUGCGGUAUCUUUUACUACUAUGAUUGAUGGUUAUGCUAAGGCUGGUGACAUGGCUUCAGCGAGGUUCCUGUUCGAUCAGUCUUUUAGCAGAGACAUAAUUUCUUGGUCUGCUUUGAUAUCUGGGUAUGCUCAGAACGGGCAGCCCAAUGAAGCUAUCAAAAUUUUCCAUGAAAUGUUGUCAAUGAAUGUUAGACCAGAUGAGUUUAUAAUGGUAAGUUUGAUGUGUGCGUGUUCUCAGUUAGGUCGUCUGGACCUGGCAAAUUGGGUAGAAAAUUAUAUGAGCCAAAAUUCAUUUGACCUUAAUCAAGUGCAUAUAGCUGCAGCCCUUGUGGAUAUGAACGCUAAGUGUGGGAAUAUGGAAAGGGCAACAAUGCUGUUUGAGGGAAUGACUAAGCGUGAUCUAGUAUCAUAUUGUUCAAUGAUACAAGGCCUGUCUAUUCAUGGCUGUGGUUCUCAGGCUGUAGCUUUCUUUGAUAGGAUGCUGAACGAGGGGCUUGUGCCUGAUGAUGUUUCCUUAAAGGUAAUUCUGACUGCUUGUAGUCGUGCAGAACUUGUUAAAGAGGGUUGCCGGAUCUUUAAUCUAAUGAUAAACAAAUAUUCUGUCAAUCCUUCUCCGGAUCAUUAUGCAUGUGUAGUAGACCUUCUUGGAAGAUCAGGAAAACUUAAAGAUGCGUAUGAAAUUAUAAGGUCGAUGCCUGUUGAACCUCAUGCUGGUGCUUGGGGUGCACUUCUUGGGGCUUGUAAGCUACACUGUGACAUUGAAGUAGGGGAGGAGGUAUCCCGAAGACUUUUUGAACUUGAACCUCAAAAUACUGGUAACUACGUGCUUCUGUCAGACAUCUAUGCUGCCGCAAAUCGGUGGUUAGAUGUUGCGCUGUUGCGUCAAAAAAUGACUGAGAAGGGUCUUAGGAAGAUACCUGGUUGCAGCAGUUGGGUAUAACGCGAUGGCAAUUUGUGGAUCACCCAUUGAACCAGGAACUACGGAAGGAAAUCCGCUUCUAAACCAGUUUCCCGUAUGAGUCAGGCUGCACUAGAUUUUCUGCAUACAUGAGAGAUAAUUCAGAUUUCUUGCGCAUGGAAUUGAAUAGUUUACCAUUACAGAGAGGCUAUGAUCACUUGGAGUAGUGAGACAGAUAAGCAUGUAUAUGCAGAUUGGUUUUAGAUCCAGUAGAUUGAGAAGAAAAUUUUCCUGGUACUUUGAUUUUGUCUAGUGCACUCAGCAUCAGACCUUCCACUUCACAGUUGGAUUCAGACAGAGUUUAAAGAUGGAAAUUCCCAUUUCAGUUUGAACGCUGACAUGCUGAGGAAUUGUUGGUCCGGUUUCUCAAUUUCUUGCCAUUUGUAUUCAGGCUUGCAAAAAGAGUAAAAAGUUACCAAAGGUACUAGUGGAAUAGUUUUUGGUUUGGCAAAUAUCGGGGAUGAUAAUGUUUCAUCCUUAUCUAAAAAGUGAACAAAGCUUUGUGCCAAGAAGAAAAUCCUUUAGUUCAAGAAUUGAUCAAUUCAUGAACAGCUCCAGUGAAAAAUCCUGAUUUCCAGAUUGUCAAUUACAAUUUGAUUGGAUUUAAAUUUCGCUUCUGUCCCCUACAUCAGAAGAGCUCAUGACCAGAGUGCAGAGGCGAUUUUUUGUGAUCUCUGACUUAACAUCUGAAUGGGAUACAUUUUACUUGUUAAUUGCAAGGCUGGGAUUGAGAAGUCCCUGACGACUUCCCAUUCUAUAUUAUUGCUAUGGCUCUUCUUCAUUUCCUAACUUGUAAGUUCUCUGUGGCUAUGCUGUAUUUAGUGCCGAAAGGGUAUUAUUUUAAAUGAUUCUAUUCUGAGUGUA